AUGGAGGAAACAUCUCUGCUGUGGCUGCUCUUUCUGACUUCACUGCUGAGCUGCAGCACAAACCAAGCUCGUCUGACUGUGACUCCCAGCAGCUCUCAGUUCUUUAAAGGAGACUUUGUGUCUCUGAGCUGUGAGGAGGACGACAGCUCUGCUGGAUGGACUCUGAGGAGAAACACAAGCAAAAAGCAGAGGACUCAGUGUGGAGAUGGGUGGGGAAGAUCAGGUAAUUCUUCCUGUACCAUCAGCUACAUUAUCAAACGGGACAGUGGAGUUUACUGGUGUGAGUCCAGAGAGGGUGCCAUCAGUAACAUGGUUAACCUCACAGUCUCUGGUGGAUCAGUGAUCCUGCAGAGUCCUGUCCUCCCUGUGAUGGAGGGAGAUGACGUCACUCUGCUCUGUCAAACAAAGACCACUCCCUCCAACCUCCCAGCUGCUUUCUAUAAAGAUGGCUCCCUCAUCAGGAAGCAGCCUACAGGUCACAUGACCAUCCAGCAUGUUUCCAGGUCUGAUGAAGGCCUCUACAAGUGUGACAUCAGCGGUCAUGGAGAGUCUCCGUCCAGCUGGAUCACCGUCAAAGGUACACCUGAAAUUACAGAACUGCCCACCACCUCUGUCUCCCCCCUUGUGAUCAGGCUGGUCUUCCACCUGGUGGUGUUUUGUCCAUACUUCAUUUCCACUCUCAUCAUGGUGUCUUUAUACUGUCAAACAGCCUCAGGAAAUGACCUUUGUCCCUCAAUCCUGCUCACUCAGCCUGAGCAGGGAUUGAAUGAUGAGUAUGAUGAUGUCAUCACUGAUGUCACCACAGAGCAUCACUUCUGAAUCAGAGCUCUGUUGUUCCUCACUAACUUUGUCCUCU